GGACUGGAAGUCGUCUGUCUAUUUGAGGUCAGUUAUCUGUCCCCAGUCCCAUAAAAUACACUUGUUAGCCAAGAGUCAAUGCUUGUAUAGUUUUUGUUUGGAAGUGUAUACCCGCUGCGCUAUUUUAUCAACAAAAUGACACUCCACGUUCCUCGCAGCUAAAGGCAACAACGUUCAUUACCGGACCUCAGAGGACUCCACAAAGUCAUUCCAACAACUGGGUCACUCGUUUGACUUCUGCUGGUCUAAAAACAAACUGCUACGAAAGGACAAACAGAGACACAAGAUUGAAGAUAGAAAGGGGAGGAUCACCACCAGGACAUAAUUAGCCUAGCAUAACAUUGUGUAUUCGCACUUCAUUUUGGACGCUACCGCAUAGCUUACCGCAAGGAAACCGCUGGCUCUGUUCACGCUUUUGCGACAUCCAUGUGGACCUUUGGGAUUGUUUACAAGAAGGGACAUUGCGACAAGUUGUGACAAGGCAAGCAAGACUCUGGGAUUCGUGUUCGUCUCCAGGAGGAGUUGUAUAUUCCAUUAUCAUGUCGACAUCACAGUUGCUGACCCCCACCACGACGCCAACGACCGUGGCGACCUCCUGCUGCGAUGGCGGGCGUCCGCUGAUGACAGACCCUCACACCGGCCAGACAGUGUGUUCCUGCCGCUACAGCUCACCACUCCUAAACUAUUCCAGGGCCGUGGCCGGUCUUCCUGACGGGGUGUAUUCCUCCGCAUAUGCACAAGCCGGCUAUAGUGCCUUUGCUGCUGCAGAUCCGUCCGCGUUCUAUUCGCCACUGAAUUCCGCAUACAGCCUGAAGGAGAAUAUGGACGCCUGGCGGGGGAUUCCACAGCCAACAGCCUGCUACCCAUACGACACCACGAUGGCAGCCUAUCCCUACAUGAAUGGGUACGGUGCCAUGGACCUGAACGGUGCCCGGCGGAAGAACGCAACCAGAGAAAGCACAAGUACACUGAAGGCAUGGCUACACGAACACAUCAAAAACCCAUACCCUACAAAAGGAGAGAAAAUCAUGCUGGCCAUCAUUACAAAAAUGACACUGACCCAGGUCUCGACUUGGUUCGCCAACGCCCGGCGGAGACUGAAGAAGGAGAAUAAAAUGACCUGGUCGCCGAAGAAUCGGUGCGAUGAUGAUGAUGAAGAUCGGAUGGAUAGUGAUGCCGAGGAUAAAGAUGACGAUGCCGACAUUGGCAAGGACAGUGACAAGGAAGGCGAAGAUAAAACCGACUCUGACAGUGAACGAAUAAAUGUAGACGUGAUCAGCCCUCCUCGACUUCAGCCAAUAUCUACCGCAACAACAACUUCCUGUCCUAUCUCGCACUUUAGCAAUUCAUUCGGCUCGCCAACCCCCUCAGACUCUGGUAGCUUGAAAUCUAACACAACAGAGGACUCACAGUGCAAUAACCACACGGACAAAGCUUUAAAACCAAAAAUCUGGUCUUUAGCACAUACUGCUACUUCAAAUAGCCCGCCACCAAGUCGGCGGUCGCCAUCUUGUUUAUCUGCCACGACCACAGCGCCAUCUCGUGGACCUACGUUAACAACGGCGCCAUCUACAUUCGACGUGUCAUCAGUCUGGAGCAAAAACCUUUAUUCAAAUCUGGGAUACGGUUAUCCAUCAAGUUUUGCUGCACCGAGGUACCCGCUGGGUGCGUACGGAAGUGUUGGAAAACCCACAGUCCCAACUCCAGUGAGCAGAGACAGUACCGAGCCCAGCCUACCAAACGGCCUCGCAAGACUACCAGUAGACUCCAGACUUACAAACGGUUUCAACGAUAGUCUGAUUCAUCCUGCAUUUGGAGUUUCAACAGCAUUUAGACCAGUAGAAAAAGGUCAAACGACACGGUGAAGAGGUUCUCCAUCACUUCUCAUAUGAUUCCAAGACGAGAGGCAGCAUGGACUCUCUAUGGAGAAAGAGCGAGAGACAUUUUCUAUUGUGGUUGUGGUGGCCAAACUGGUGGAGGAAAUACGUCUUAUGAUCUUCCAAAGGACUUGCUUGCGAGGCAUUCAGGCUUAAAGCUGCAUUUAUGUGUUUAUUGAAUAAAUUGGAAAUACUGUACAUGUAUUUUAUAAUUUCGAGAGAACCUGAGACUGCUGAUGGUGUGGGCUUGUUGUGUAGACUGCUGCACAAUUGCAAAAAGACUUAACACUGGAUAGUUUGGUAAAAUGGUCAAUCCGUAAAAAGCUAUGGCAAUUCCCUGCCUAAACCAAGCAAAGGACAAUGGCUUCCUUGGUUAAGGCUUGUGACAUAUAAAAAUCUGCUGAAGAGGAAGAAUGCAUUUCCUUUGGGUGAAGUCGAAGUUGACGUGCAGAAAAGUGGCAGGUUUGUGGUGCAUAAGCGUAGUGAAAAAGAAUUAAGAGGUUGUCGACGUAAAAACGAAAUGUCUGUCAAGAGAGACGAAUUUGCACAACUUUCAGGGAAUAUUGUAUACUGUUUGAUAUACAAGGUGACCCAAGAGAUUAAACGGACUCGUCGUAUAAGAUACUAGUGACUGCUGGAAACAUGCCACCAUAAUAUGAAAUAUUAUAUGACACUGGCAGAAUUCGCCAUUAAAAAACUGGUAGUUCUAUCCAAGGCAUCUAGAAGUAUUUUUGUAAGUCUUGAUCGCCCGAUAGUUCAGUGCUAAGUUGGUAUGAAACAAAACGUUUUCAUAAAAAUUUGGCUUUACCAUUAUUUAGUAUGCAGGAGUCGUACUAGUCAUAAAAUAUGUUUUCGUAUUCAGGGUACGCUGGUAGCAUAUCAAUAGUUCUCCACCCUCACGGGGCGACAAACGCGGUGUUCUCCCUUGCAGAUAAGCCCAGUCAUAUCUGAUAAAACCCGAAUCGCAGAUCGAACAUAAAAAAUAAAACCGGUGACAGUGAUUGAGUAGGUCAUUGGUAAUUCUCUGAGCAGUGAUUGUGAGAACACCAUCACGAAUGUUCCGAUAGAGAUAAACCCCACUCAGUAGUAAGCCGGGAUUUUCUGCCUAAAAUUAGCAUACCUUCCCUUCGAGGUAAUUGAAGGCACAUUUGGUGCCUGAUGUGCUGCUGUGCUUAUGAAGUGGCACGUUGUCUUCACUUACGAUGCGAAAUUCCUAUGCAGACUUGGGCUGCAUCCUGAAAUGUUGAAUGUUGUGAUGGUUAAUCAUAUACUCUACAGUGUAAUAUACAUAUUUAAGUUGACUAACAUGACCAAUAACUGCAUUUUUACUAGCAUUUGUUUGACAGGUUCUUUGGCUAGCUUGUGACCAACAGCAAAAAUCACCAAACAGUAGGAUUACCAAUGCGUUACCAUUUUGGUCUUAAUGUACCUUAUCGUUACGUAUAUCUCAAUCAGUAUCAGUUUCGUGUUUACAAGACUGCUGUGAAAGCUUAAUUUGACUUUGUUGAGUAAUUUUUUUUCUUCAAGAAGAUUAAAAAUUAAUCAGGUUCACUUUGUGUUGAUUUGAAGACGAUAGUGUUAAAUAGGUAACUGUAAAUUGGAAUGAGGCCAUUUUCUGUAUUACUUUGGACCAAUGAAAUGUAUUUAUUUUCAUCUUGCCAAAUCUGCUGACGGCAAAGCCUUGUGUAGCAUACGUCGGAAUCUUCCUUGUUUUUUACUUGCAUACGUUUAGAUAAUUUUAUAUGUGCAUUAACUGUUAUCAUGUCGGCAUGGAAAUUGGUUACACACACGUUGCGUGUGCAAUUGUGCAUCUUGUACGGUUAAACGCAUUAAGAAGUCACUUGAUUUUCGUGUGAAUGUAACUUGGGAGGCUUUUGGUUUUAAUUCAAAAUUAGAUUCCUUGUAAAUACGGAACCUGUGCAAUGUAAAUGAAUGUGUUAAACACACAUGAUGGAGCCUGUCAGUUUAAAAAGCAUUCGAAAAUAUCAUUACCUUUUUUUAUCGAUGAAUGGGAUGGCGAGGCCUAUCCAUGUUCCAUUUCUUGAGUCCUACUUUCUUAGGUGUGAACUUCUUUGUGGUUGACUUCAAUUACUGAAAACGAAUCUUCGUAAAAAAAUCAGUUGAAAAUUUUUAGAUUGGUUAUCUGCUCGUGACCAAACUCUUUGGUCAGUUUGGGGACAACUCACCGAACCGCUGACGAACUUGAUAAUUCAGUCCACUCUUAGAAAUAAAGGCUUCGAUUUUGAGCUUUUGAAACUUCAAUCUGUGCUGACAGGUACCAUUGUAUGUAAUAUGCAUGUAUGUAAUGCGCACUCUGUUAGGUGGUAUGACCAGUUAUAAUUCUGUACCAUAUUCCAUUACAUAUCAUAUCAAAUUUAUUUAUUAAAAUAAUGAAUUUAAACUUA